ACAUUACUAGUAGUAGCACAAUUCACAAAAUCAUAAAAGAAAGAAAGAAAAAAAAAAAAAAAAUUCCCACUUCCAUUAUUUAUAGCCCUACGCCGGCGACGAUGAUUGCUUACCUGGAACCGUUUAUACAGGACAACGAUUCCCGCCGGCCCCACGACGGGUCAUCUCUGUGCGAGGCUCUAGAGCUUCAACUACAAGGCGGCGUCAGCACCGACUCACGGGACACUGGUUUAGCCGGUAAGGAUUUCGGGGGACUAUAUUCAAUAACACCGUUGGCUUUGGUGAGACCAGCCGGCGCCGAUGAUGUGGCGAAGGUAGUGAAAUCGGCUUUACAGUCGUCUAAUCUGACGGUGGCGGCGAGGGGUAACGGCCAUUCAAUCAACGGCCAGGCGAUGGCGGAUCAAGGGCUGGUUGUGGACAUGCGUGCGAUGGAGGAUCAUUUCAGUAUCGUUCCGAUUAAUGGACUGACCUACGCCGACGUAUCGGGAGGGGCAUUAUGGGAAGACGUCUUGAAACGCUGCGUUUCGAGUUAUGGAUUGGCUCCCAGGUCUUGGACUGAUUACCUUAGCUUAACCGUCGGCGGGACUUUGUCGAACGGCGGCGUUAGUGGCCAGGCCUUCAGGUACGGCCCACAAAUUUCCAACGUGGCUGAAUUAGAAGUCGUGACUGGAAAAGGCGAUAUUGUAAUUUGUUCCGAAAAUGAAAAUUCGGAAUUGUUUUUUAGCGUUCUCGGCGGUUUGGGUCAGUUUGGGAUCAUCACAAGAGCUCGUGUUUUGCUUCAGCCAGCGCCGGAUAUGGUGCGGUGGAUUAGACUGGUAUACGAUGAGUUCGAAAGGUUCGCCGGCGAUGCUGAAUCCUUGGUACGGCGGUCGGAAGGCGACUCGUUUGAUUACGUGGAAGGCUUCGUUUUUUCCAACAACGACGACCCAUUGACAGGAAGAUCCACAGUGCCGUUGGCCUCCGGUGCUGUCUUCGACUCAUCUCAUUUACCGGAAACCGCCGGUUCGGUUCUCUACUGUCUCGAGGUCGCCGUCCACUACCGGAACAACGACCAAGUCUCAACCGUCGACACGGACGUUGAGAGGUUGCUGAGCGGGCUCGGGUAUGUGAAGGGGCUCAGAUUCCAGGUGGACCUCAGCUACGUACAAUUUUUGUCACGUGUGAAGCGUGCGGAGGAGGAAGCAAUCGCCAACGGCGUUUGGGAUGCUCCUCAUCCUUGGCUUAACCUCUUCGUGUCGAAAUCAGACAUCGUCAAUUUUGAUCGUGCGGUCUUCAAGACCCUCCUAAAAAAUGGAGUCGGUGGGCCCAUGCUCGUCUAUCCUCUUCUGCGUAGCAGGUGGGAUUCUCGAACGUCAGUGGCAUUACCAGAAGGUGAAGUGUUCUACCUAGUGGCAUUACUACGAUUCACUCCACCAAAUUCGAGACCUGCAUUGGUUGAUAAGUUAGUGGAACAAAAUCGAGAAAUUGUCAAUAUAUGUCAUGUGAAUUGCAUCGACUUCAAGCUCUAUUUGCCACACUACCAUUCAGAAAAAGAGUGGAAGCUUCACUUUGGAAAUCAAUGGAGCAGAUUUGUGGAGAGAAAAACAUUGUUUGAUCCAAUGGCCAUCCUUGCUCCACGUCAAAAGAUCUUUGCUCGAGAUUUCUUGAUCUCGAAACUACAAUUUUUAAAACAAAAAGCUUGAUAGCUUCAAAAGCAAACUUAGCCCACAAU